CACAUCUGAAGGAGUCUACUAACCUUCCAGGCACCAACACAGGCAGGGACCAACCGACCCGACCCCGCAUCCACGCCGGCGCGCCACGCCCCCCGCCGCACCGACGUCCACGGCCCCAGGCGGCAACCGCCAAAGCGCCGGCGCGCCGUCCCGUCCCCUCCCCACCCGCCCUGCCGUUCCGCUGUUCCCAUCCCGCCGACCCGCUCCGCCACUCCCCAAUCUCUCCGUCCCCAACCCCACCAACCCACCAGGCGGCCGCGGCGCCCCCCUCUAAUCUCCCUCGCUUCCGCUCCACGGUGCCCGCCCGCCCACCGCUUGCCUGCCUGCCUAACCUCGUGCAGCCCGCGAUCCCGCGCCGCGACCCAGAUCUGGUGGCGCCUCGCUGCUCGCCGCUCGCGCGCGCGCUCAGGCGGCCGGCCGGUCGAUGGUUUCGGCCGCGGCGCAGGCGGGCGUGGUCGCGGCGUGCGUCGUGCUGUUCGUGCCCAUGGGGCUGGCGGGGUGGCACCUCAGCCGCAACAAGGUGCUCUUCUUCUCCGGCGCGCUCUUCGUCUCGCUCGCCGUCGGGGUCCACCUCUCCCCCUACCUCCCCUCCGUGCCCCACCUCCUCGCCGCCUCCUUCUUCACCCCCAGCCCCGGCGCCGCGUCCGCCUCCUCCUCCUCCUCCGGGUCCUCCUGCGUCCCGUUCCUGCACCGCGUGUCCUGGUCUGACGCCGACCCCGCGAAUGGCUUGGGAGGCGGAACGGCGCGGACGUGGUCGUGGCCGCCCUCGCUGGCGUCGGCCUGCGGGUUCGCGCGGCUGUCGCGCGACGACGCGUCUCUGCUGCUCAACGGGUCCUGGGUGAUGGUGGCCGGGGACUCGCAGGCGCGGCUGCUCGUGCUCGCGCUGCUGCGCCUGCUGCUUGACCCGGCCGCGGCGGCGGCCGCCGAGCCGGAGCUAUUCCGCCGCCACAGCGACUACCGUGCCGCGGUGCCGGCUCGGGGCAUCUCCGUGGACUUCGUCUGGGCGCCCUUCGAGAGCAACCUCACGCGGCUGCUCCGCGAGGAUCUGCGCCUUGCGCCGCGCGUCCCCGACGUGCUCGUCCUCGGAUCCGGGCUCUGGCACAUGCUCCACGUCACGGACGCCGCGAGCUACGGCGACGCACUGGCGUCCGUCGCGGGCGCUGCCAAGUCGCUGCGCUCGCCGCUCCCAGUGCCGCCGCCGCAUAUGUUCUGGCUCGGCCUGCCGCACCUAGUGAACCACAUGCUCAACACAGACGCCAAGAGGGCACACAUGAACGGCACCAUGCUGCGCGCCUAUGACUACGAGGUCGAUCGGAGGGGUCUCGUUCGUGGUGAUGGCGGCCCAUGCUUGCUGCUUGAUGGGAAACUCACCCAGGGAUGCGGGCAGCAGUGCACGGCUGAUGGAAUGCAUUAUGAUGGCGAGGUGUAUGACGCCGUAUUGCAUAUCAUGCUCAAUGCAUUGGUGAUUGAGUCACAACAAAGGAUUUGAGUGGGUGGGGGUUCUUGAACAGGCUGCAUGCAUGAUGCAUGUUAGUCGAACACUAUGUUUCAGCAACCAUACUGCAUGGAAAGGUUAUGCCAAGAGUUAAUACACCAGUAAUGUGCCACUAUACUCUUCCUGUUCAAAAUGAAAUAAGAUUUAGUUAGUGCUAUGUACUCUUCAGAAGAACUAAGGUGUAGUUAUUUUCUUCACUUAGUCACUGGUCUUCAUUGUGCACCUUUAUACUUAUCAGUAAUAGCUUCAGAUGAGAUCCUUAAAUGCCUCCUAGUCUCCUAGACAAGACUAUAAGUUUUCAAUGGAUAAAAACUGUCUUAUGGUGAGCUGUAGACACGUGGACUUUAUUACAUUGUAUUAUGUACUCCCUCCGUUCAUAAAUAUAUGACGUUUAGGACAAGCAAAUUAGUUCAUUUUUGAACUAACUAGCUUCUCCUAGACGUCAUAUAUUUAUGGACGGAGGUAGUAUCUUUCUUUCUCAUUUCUGCUUUGUUCCAAUAUUUAGUGUUCUUGAAAAAAAUAUUUAGUGUUCUUGUUUUGUAAGCUGCAAACUAGUGGUACUGGAAUUUGUAACUAAUUGAAGCAGAUGCUCCAUUAUUCAUUGCUUGACAAAGUACUACAGAAAAAUCCAAUGCGCAUAAGUCCUUGUUACAGUGGUUCAUCAAGGAGGAACUUAAUUGGUAUUUCUUCAAUGAGCUAUUUGUGUGUUAUAUAGUCCUGUUAGCAAUCUCACACGCUAAGUUCAUCGAUUAGUUUGACUCACUUUGCUCAGACUUUCAAUCAGUAAAGGUAAUCAAUAUAUUCCUGGAUGACACAACGUGUGAUAAUCAGAGAAUGCUAUAGUCAUACUGGUACUAAGCGAGCACUGAAGUAUGCCACUGUUUCUUUACUUUACUGAACAUUGUUUACUUCUAUUUGAAUUGUUGAUCAAUGGUUUAGUUGCCCCAUAUGGUGCCCUUGUCUGUGCUAUACUGCUAUGUAGUAUAGUUUGAUCUUUAUUUUUAGAGUUUGAUCUUGAAUUGAUCAAGUGCCUUCCCAUUCUGACAUGGAUUGGGGGUAUGACACUUUAUAUAAUGUUCUUUCUAUGCUGUUGAAUUGAGUAAAGUAGAAGUAAUAAGCCAACGAAAGUAAACGUUUUACAAAUAUUUCUGAUGUUUCCAAGACCCACCAACAUGGAAGAUGAACAAUAUUGUACUUUCAUGGCUGCUUAACAAUUUCUGGUGUUUGAUCUCCAGGUUUGGUUUACCUCCCUGGUCUCUAAUGCACCUACGUCCAUCGGGCUUGUUCGGUUCGGUGGAAGAAAUUCUUGUGAGCAUGUGCAUGCACAUAAGCUUGUGUUGUUUCAGGAUGGAAGACUGCUAGUGCUAGCAAUAUCACAGCGCGCGCUCUCUCCUGCCACUGCAGGUGCAACCAGAGAAGACACGGCUGCAAUCUUCGACUCGCAGUUUAUCGCGCCCCGAGGCAAGCAAGAGUCGGUUGCUAGUUUGCCUGUCUCGUACACAGGACAAUGCCAUCAGGAGUCACCAGUCAGGACCUCAGGAUGGCGAUUGGCGAGCCUGAGCGAGCCGGCGGUGAAGAAACAUGCGCUGCCGCUUCAUCUGCUGCAGGCCUGCAGGCUGCCGUCUAAACUCUCUUCGACGAACUCCAAGCUGUAACAAAGAAGGCUCAGGCCUAUGUCCACCAUGCUGUGUAUGAUAUUGCAUUGCUUUGAUGCCUUAGUUUUUAAGCCAAUUCAUUGGAGGGUAUCAGUGUUAUUAUCUAGUCCUGCCGUAUUGCUGGCAGUUUUAUGUUGCUCCACGUGAAGAAAUGUGUUGUCCACGAGAACCAAAAGGUCUAAUGCGUAUCAGCUGUAGCAGUUUGGCAAGAGAUUUUUAUUUUGGAGGCA